AUGGAGCCAGCAUGGAACGCCUCCAACCUGCCUCCACACCUCCCAUCCAACAUGUCUACCUCUGCUCUGGCCGAGGGCUGGCCUCCGUCCCAGUGGCUAGCCCUGACUGCCAUGCUGCUCAUGGAUCUGUUGGCUGUGGUGGGAAACGUGGCCGUAAUGACGGUCAUCGCAAAAGUCCCGCAGCUCCACAAGUUUGCCUUUGUAUUCCACCUGUGCUUGGUGGACCUGCUGGCGGCCUUGGUUCUGAUGCCCCUCGGCAUGGUCUCCAGUCGAGCUUUCUUCGGGGAGGCCAUGUGCCGGAGUUACCUGUUCCUCAGCGUAUUCCUGGUCAGCGCUGCCAUCCUCUCCAUCUCAGUCAUCAACGUGGAACGCUAUUAUUACAUCAUACACCCCAUGCGUUACGAGGUGAAGAUGACCGUCGGCCUGGUAGCGUCAGUGCUGGUAGGGAUAUGGGUGAAAGCCUUGGCCAUGUCUGCUUUGCCGCUGCUCGCCUGGGUCCUACAAGGCGCGAGGACUCCCCUCCUGGAGGGUAGCGGUGGAGGUGGGGGCGUCUCAUCUCCCCCUGCUCAGGGUCAGAGGCGCUGCUCCCUGCACUGGACAGGGGGUGGAUCCAACCGUUUGGCGUUCAUGGUCUUUUUUACACUACUUUACUUCCUGUGCCCGCUGCUGGUCAUUUUUGUUGUGUACUGCAAUAUGUUCAAAGUGGCUCGGGUAGCCGCCAUGCACCACGGACCUCUGCCCACUUGGACGGACACGCCUCGUCGCCGCAGGUCAGAGUCACUUAGUAGCCGGUCCACUAUGGUCACCAGCUCUGGGACGGGGACCGGGACCGGAAGGGAGACCCCGGGGCGGCCAUUAGGAGGAGGGAAAGCGGCGGCAGUGCUGGCUGGUGUUGGAGGCCAAUUCUUGUGUUGCUGGCUGCCCUACUUUUCUUUCCACUUGUACUCUGCUCUGGCUGCCAGCCCUCCAGCUGCAUUGGCAUCUCUGGAGGAGGCAGUCACCUGGAUUGGCUACUUUUGCUUCACCUCCAAUCCUUUCUUCUACGGCUGUCUCAACAGACAAAUCCGGGAGGAGCUGGGCAAACACCUGCCGUGUUUGUUUCGUCGAGCAGGGCUAGAGGUGGAGGACAGGCUGCCCAGCCGUGAAGGCUCCAUAGAAGAAAAUUUCCUCCAGUUUCUUCAGGGCACCGGCUGCAACUUGGAACCUCAGAAUUCACACAGCACCUCCAGUCCCAAGGGGGAAGCCUGCCGGCCAAUGGCUCAGUCACAAGCACCUGAGCCAGCACAUCCACUACCUGCUGAUUUUCGUAUACCCGGGCAAAUCGCAGAGGAGACGUACGAGUUUAUUGAGACUGAUCAGGCGAAAAACAACCACAUCGAUACAGACACUUAA